AUACGCUGCUCUAUCUGGUCACUGCGUGAAUUUUGUAAUGCCUGUGACGUUGAAUCACCUUGUCCUAUCAGGAAACAGGAGAGCUAUAAAUCACCCUCCAGUGAAGAAUUCCAGCCAAUUCCACAAGUACCUGAAGAAAGACAGAAGAAACUUCGGCUCUUCCUGGAAACACAAGAGAUGCUUCUGCUAGUGGUGUUCCUGUGUCUCACAGCUGUGCUGCCUGGACAGGAAACUAAAGCUCUCAGUGCUCUGUCAAGGAGAAGAGCAGAGCAGCAAAAGCUGAUUGUUGACAGACAUAAUGCCCUCAGGAGAGGAGUAAAACCAACUGCCAGCAACAUGAUGAAGAUGGAAUGGUGUCCCCAAGCUGCAAGGAAUGCCCAAACUUGGGCCAAUCAAUGUACUUACAAGCACAGCCCUCCUUACAUGAGGAGGACCAGUGAACUAUGUGGUGAAAAUCUCCUCAUGUCCUUUAACCCCCUCUCAUGGCCACAAGUUCUUCAGAUCUGGUACAAUGAGGAGAAAAAUUUUGUUUAUGGAACUGGGGGAAAAACACAAUGGAAUGUCUUUGGCCAUUACACUCAGAUGGUUUGGCACAAUUCUUAUAAAGUUGGAUGUGCUUUUGCUUUCUGCAACAACGCUACACUCAGUUACUUUUACAUCUGCCAUUACUGCCCUGCGGGAAACCUACGAGAAUCCAUGAAGACACCCUACAAGGAAGGAAAGCCCUGUGGGGACUGCCCCAAUGCUUGUGAGGAUGGAUUAUGCACCAGCCUUUGA